AUGGCAGACGAGGCGGAUGCGGAGCCGAGGACCAAGUACCUGGACCAGCUCGAGGGCGAGGCGGGACGUGCGCUUGUCGGGCAGAUCGAGCGCAACACGCAGCGCUACGUCAAGCUCUUCAGCCGCGCCAUCGACGAGGUGAUGCCGCCCAAGACGGUCGACAUCGGCCCCAAGUCGGACAUCCUCGACGUCAUGCAGUACCACCGCAACAACAAGAACGCGCAGAACGAGGAGGCCGGCCAAGCCGUGUUCCCGCCGCAGCUGUUGCGCCGCUACAACCUGUACUUCCGCCCUCUCGCCAAUGAGCCCGUCCUCGCCGUUCGCCAAGUUCGCGGCGCCCACCUCGGCAAGCUCAUCACGGUGCGCGGCAUCGUCACGCGCGUGUCCGAGGUCAAGCCGCUCCUCCAGGUCAACGCCUACACGUGCGACUCGUGCGGCGCCGAGAUCUUCCAGGACGUGCAGGGCCGCAAGGUCACGCCGCUCGACGCCUGCAUCAGCGAGGUGUGCGAGCAGAACCAGAGCCGGGGCCAGCUCUACAUGCAGACGCGCGCGUCCAAGUUCACGCCGUUCCAGGAGUGCCGCAUUCAGGAAAUGGCGGAUCAAGUUCCCGUCGGCCACAUCCCUCGGACCAUGGUCAUCCACCUGUACGGCAACCAGACGCGCUCCGUCUCGCCGGGCGACGUCAUCAACGUCGGCGGCAUCUUCCUCCCGAUCCCGUACGAGGGCCUCAAGGCGCUGCGCAUGGGCCUCCUCACCGACUCGUACCUCGAGGCGCACCACGUCCAGCAGCUCAAGAAGCAGUACGAGUCGAUGCAGCUCACGCCCGAGAUCACGCGCGAGAUCGAGGAGCUCAAGUCGGUGCCCGGCCUGUUCUCGCGCCUCGCGUCGAGCAUCGCGCCCGAGAUCUUUGGCCACGAGGACGUCAAGCGCGCCCUGUUGCUCCUCCUCGUCGGCGGCGUCACCAAGUCGGUCGGCGACGGCAUGAAGAUCCGCGGCGACAUCAACAUCUGCCUCAUGGGCGAUCCCGGUGUCGCCAAGUCGCAGCUGCUCAAGUACAUCGCCAAGGUCGCGCCUCGCGGCGUCUACACGACCGGUCGCGGUUCGUCCGGCGUCGGUCUCACGGCUGCCGUCCUGCGUGACCCCGUCACCGACGAGUUUGUCCUCGAGGGAGGUGCGCUCGUCCUCGCCGACAACGGCAUCUGCUGCAUCGACGAGUUUGACAAAAUGGACGAGUCGGACAGGACGGCCAUCCACGAGGUCAUGGAGCAGCAGACGAUCUCGAUCUCCAAGGCGGGCAUCACGACGACGCUCAACGCCCGCACGUCGAUCCUCGCCGCCGCCAACCCGCUGUACGGCCGGUACAACCCCAAGAUCUCGCCCGUCGACAACAUCAACCUCCCCGCCGCCCUCUUGUCCCGUUUCGACCUCCUCUUCCUCAUCCUCGACACGCCCUCGCGCGACGACGACGAGCGCCUCGCACAGCACGUCGCCUACGUCCACAUGCACCGCGAGGCGCCCCCUCUCGCGCUCGAGCCCGUGUCGCCGACCGUCCUGCGGCACUACAUCGCCCUCGCCCGGCAGGUCCGCCCUGUCGUGCCCAAGCACGUCGCCGACAAGGUCGUCAACGAGUACGUCGGGCUGCGCCGGCGCCAGAAGCAGGACGACGACCGCCAGCAGUUCUUCACCUACACGUCGGCCCGCACCCUCCUCGGCGUCCUGCGCGUCGCCCAGGCCUGCGCUCGGUUGCGCUUCUCGCCCGAGGUCGACGAGGACGACGUCAAGGAGGCGCUGCGGCUCAUGGAGGCGUCCAAGUCGAGCCUGCACGACCACGAGCACCGCGACCAGGCCGACGACCGCACGUCGCGCUCGCGCGUGUACGAGCUCAUCAAGGGCAUGGCGAGGAGCGGCGCGGGCCGCAUGGACGUCGACGAGGACGACGACGAGUUUGUCGACGAGGGCGACGACGCCGAGCGCUUCAACCCGGUCCAGAGCAUGGCCGAGGUGCGCGAGCGCGCGUUCGCGCAGGGCUUUACCCAGGAGGAGCUCGACGACGCCAUCUCGGCGUACGAGGAGCUCGCCGUCUGGAUCGUCGACGAGGCGAGGACGACGCUCACGUUCACGGAUGUCUGAGGGGGAGCGGCAGCGGGAUCUCUCUGUCUGUACGAUAGUGUGUCUGUGACUGUGACUGUAACGCAGUACCUCGCUCUCGGCUC